GAGACGGAAUGCUCACUUUUAUUGAACAUCUCAUGUACCGGCAACUCUGACUGUAGAAUAAUUGUUGUAGAUUGAACAGAUUUCUUGUAGAUUAUAGAUUGUAGAUGUCUUGUAGAAUACAUGAUCCGACAUGGCGCUGAAAGUUAAAAACUGAUGGUGGAUUUUGUCUUGGACCUCAAUUAAUUGCAGUAAAUAAUUUGAAUUCACUAGAAUAAUCGGAAAUAAUGAGUUCGAGGAGGUGGUUUUGGCCAACAAUAAGUGGUAUAGAGGCAGAGAAGCUGCUUAUGGAAAGAGGAGUGGAUUGCAGUUUCUUAGCAAGGCCAAGUUCAUCAAAUCCGGGAGAUUUCACUUUAUCUGUUAGACGAAAUGGGGAGGUGACGCACAUAAAAAUUCAAAAUUCUGGUGAUUUCUACGAUCUCUAUGGAGGAGAAAAGUUCGCAACUCUUUCUGAACUGGUACAGUAUUACAUGGAAAAUCAAGGACAGCUGAAAGAAAAGAAUGGCGAGAUCAUAGAACUGAAAUAUCCCUUGAAUUGCGCUGACCCGACUACAGAACGGCUCAUUGACAAACUGACAAAGAUCCGCCUUGAUAAUAAUCGACGAAUUGACUAAACUUUGGAUAUCCGAUUCAUACAAAAUACGUUGGUUAGCGACGUUGUUUGAAAUGAAAUAAUGUUUUAUCAGAAAUACCCUCCUUGGGCUAUUAGGAUAAUAAUAAGAAACUGUAGCAAGCUGCAUAACAAAAUAUAUAAAUUUUCUGUUUAAU